CAUUGCGCAUUUACUCGCCGCGCCUAGGAUGGCGAUGAUGGUGCUGCGGCUGUUGCUGCUGCUGCUGCUGUGGGCAACACUUGUUGCGUUUUCGGCGAACGCUCAAGCACAGCAGAAAGGCCUCUUCCCAGCCAUCCUGAACUUGGCCUCCAACGCCAAGAUCCAUGCCAAUGCCACGUGUGGUGAGAACAGCGCCGAGAUCUUUUGCAAGCUGGUGGAGCACGUGCCAGGCCGGCCCAACCGCAACUCCCAGUGCCGCGUCUGCAACUUAAACAGCCACAUCCCUGACGAGCGCCACCCCAUUACAAACGCUAAUGACGGCACCAACGGCUGGUGGCAGAGCCCGAGCAUACAGAACGGCAGGAAGUUUCACUGGGUCACCAUCACGCUCGACCUACAGCAGGUGUUCCAGGUGGCGUACGUGAUCGUGAAGGCGGCCAACUCCCCACGGCCCGGGAACUGGAUCCUGGAGCGCUCUCUGGACGGCGCCACUUACCGUCCAUGGCAGUACUACUCCGUGAGCGACAGCGAGUGCCUGACCCGCUACGGCAUCACGCCCACCGUCGGCAACCCCGUGUACCGGCGGGACGACGAGGUCAUCUGCACGUCCUACUACUCCAGGCUGGUGCCCCUUGAGAAUGGCGAGAUCCACACGUCGCUGAUUAACGGGCGGCCGAGCUCGGACGACCCCUCGCCGAAGCUGCUGGACUUCACGUCCGCGCGCUACAUCCGCCUGCGGCUCCAGCGGAUCCGCACGCUCAACGCCGACCUCAUGACCCUGAGCCACCGCGACCCACGGGAGGUCGACCCCAUUGUGACGCGACGGUACUACUAUUCCAUAAAGGACAUCUCCGUUGGGGGGAUGUGCAUCUGCUCUGGGCACGCCAGCACCUGUCCUUGGAACGAGGACACACAGAAAAUGGAGUGUCAGUGCGAGCACAACACGUGUGGGGAGAACUGCCAGCGCUGCUGCCCCGGCUACAACCAGCGGCGCUGGAGGCCCGGCACCAUCAACAAUGGCAACACCUGCGAAAAGUGCAACUGCCACGGCAAGGCUGAAGACUGCUACUACGACGCAGAGGUUGACCGCGCCAACCGAAGCCUCAGCAUCCACGGCCGCUUCUCCGGCGGCGGCGUCUGCAUCAACUGCAGCGCCAACACGGCCGGCACCAACUGCGAGACUUGCCGCGACGGCUUCUACCGGCCCACGGGGGUGUUGCCAGACGACCCAUACCCCUGCCGCUUGUGCCAGUGUGAUCCGCAAGGGUCUCUCAGCCAAGUGUGCAUUAAAGAUGAAAAGCAUGCCGAUCCCGAGAGAGACCUGUCACCUGGGCAGUGUCUCUGCAGGCCUGGCUUUGCCGGCAAGCGCUGUGAGCGGUGUGCCUUUGCCUAUCGCGGAUACCCCAACUGCGAGCCCUGCCUCUGCAGCAUGGCAGGAAGCACGAAUGAUGACCCCUGCAGCGAGCCCUGUGUGUGCAAGGAGCAUGUGGAGGGUGAGCACUGCGACCGCUGCAGGGCCGGCUUCUACGACCUGCGGCCAAGAAACCCGCGCGGCUGCUCCGCGUGCUUCUGCUUCGGCCUCUCCAGCUCGUGCCAGAGCCUGCCAUGGGGCAUCACUCGGGUGGUGGACAUGCGCGGCUGGCGCGUCACAGACCGGCAGGGACUGCGCAAGGUGAAAACCUUCCUGGAGGUGGACCAGGUCGCCGUCAGGAACGCGGACGUGCGCCGCACACUGCCGGCAUUGUACUACUGGCUGGCCCCCGCUUCCUACCUGGGCAACAAGCUGACAGCGUACGCUGGCCACCUGCGCUACAGCGUGUCCUACGACAUCCCGGUGGACAGCACGGACUCGGAAAUGAUCUCGGACGUGGACGUCAUCAUCGAGGGCAAUGGCCAAGCCCUCAGCUCGGGUUCGCUGGGUUUGAUGCUGCAGCCAUUCGAAGAGCAGACCCUGUCCCUCCGCCUGCUGCCAGAGAACUUUUUUGAUUUCCGCUCCAAUGCUCCCGCGUCACGCGACGCCCUCAUGACGGUGCUGGCCAACGUGACUCGCCUACAAAUCCGUGCCAGCUACAGCUCGGUUAAGCAGGCUGUGUACCGGCUGAGCGCCGUGUCUCUGGACGUGGCCUCGCCGGAUGCGGCGGUGGGGAGUCCCGCGGCACUCGACGUUGAGCAGUGCCAUUGCCCCCACGGCUAUGCUGGGACAUCCUGCGAGUCGUGCAUGCGGGGACACCGGCGCGUGGACGGGACCCUGCACGGUGGGCGGUGCGAGCCCUGCCGUUGCCACGGACACGCCGACGACUGCGAUGACCUCAGCGGCGACUGCAUGCUGCCUCUGAGCGGCUGCCGCCACAACACCAUGGGGCCGCACUGCGAGCACUGUCGCCCGGGCUUCUACGGCAACGCCACGCGCGGCACGGCAGACGACUGCCUCCCGUGCACGUGCCCCCUGUCCAUCGCCUCCAAUAAUUUCAGCCCGACCUGCCACCAGGAUCCACGCGGGGUGCUGACCUGUGACCAGUGUUCACCAGGAUACAUUGGCCUCCGCUGUGAGAGGUGCGCGGACGAUUUCUUCGGCGAGCCGGGCUCCCCGGGCGGCUCGUGCCGCCGCUGCGAGUGCAACGGCAACGAGGAGGCGCGGGGAGGUGGCCGCGUGUGCGACGCGCUCACCGGCCAGUGCCUCCGCUGCCGCGAGCGCACCGCCGGCUUCCACUGCGAGCACUGCGCCCACGGAUUCUACGGGGACGCCACCGGCACGGGCGGCUGCCAGCCUUGCCAGUGUCACCCCGAAGGAGCCACCUCCCCUCAGUGCGACCGCAUCAACGGGCAGUGUCCGUGCCGCCCCAACGUGGUCGGCCGAACGUGCGAGCAGUGCGCGAUCGGUUUCUACGGCCUGAGCUCUGGUGCCGGUUGCUCCCCGUGCCCCUGCCACCCGGUGGGCACGGCAGGCGUCGCCUGCUCUGCCGACGGGAGGUGCCACUGUUGGCCGGGCGUGGAGGGGAGGUCCUGCGACCGCUGCACCUCUGGCCACUAUGGAUUCAAGGAGGGCGGCUGCACACCGUGCAACUGUUCGCACACCAACCACCAUUGCGACCAGGAGACGGGACGCUGCCUGUGCCCCCCAAACACUGAGGGCACGCGGUGCCACCGCUGCAUCGACGACCACUGGGGUCUGAACCCGCACGCCGGGUGUCGCGCGUGCAACUGUAGCGCAGCGCAUUCCCACGGGGCACGGUGCGACGAAGCGAGCGGGCAGUGCUCCUGCCUCGAGGGGUACGGGGGCCGCACGUGCGGGGAGUGCGCGCAGGGCCGCUGGGGGUACCCAGCGUGCCGGCCCUGCGAGUGCCACCCGGAGGGCACGCGCGACAACACGUGCCCCGUGCCGCCGACCGGCUCGCGGUGCGGCUGCGACGAGCGCACUGGCCAGUGCGCUUGCAAGGAGAACGUCGGUGGGACGAGGUGCGACGCGUGCCUGCCUGGCACGUUUGGGCUGAACCGGGAGGACCCGCGCGGCUGCACAGCCUGCUUCUGUUUCGGCGUCUCCAGCGUAUGCCGUGAGCUCCAGGGCUUUGUCAGAAUGCAGGUCUUCAUGGUGGAGGGACAGCGGUCCAUGCCGGUCGUCAACCAGGUUGGGCAGAGAGAGACCGUGUCUGGCGUGCGCUACCAACACCCAGAGAUGAUCCUGCAUGCCGGGGAGGUGCUGAGGACGCUGCACCACGAGCCAUUCUAUUGGAAACUGCCCUCGCAAUUCACUGGGCCCAAGCUCACGGCUUACGGGGGCAAGCUGCGCUACACGGUGUACUUCGAGGCCGAAGAUGGGAGCGGCCGUUCAGACCGAGAGCCACAGGUGCUGCUCCGUGGCGGGCGCAACAAGGAGCUUCUGAUCUAUCGCGACAUGGCGCCACCGCGCCCUGGACAACGUACGCAGCACCAGAUGGACAUGACGGAGCACGAGUGGCGUUACUUCAACUCCGUCCUCGAUCAGCCCGUGAGCCGCGCCGACUUCAUGUCCAUCCUCGGCGGCAUUGGGGACAUCUUCAUCAAGGCCUCCUAUGGCAGCCGCAUGACCGAAAGCAGAAUCUCGGAGGUGUCGCUAGAAGUGGCGGCCAGGGGGAAUGGGUCGAGCCACCUGCAGCCAGCGUGUCAGGUGGAGCAGUGCGAGUGCCCUGCCGGCUACAGCGGCCUCUCCUGUCAGGAAUGUGCACGAGGGUUCUUCCGAGAUGUUUCAGCCAGACACGCUCCUGGACAGCCGAGACUCGCACUCGGCCCUUGCAUUCCAUGCCACUGCAACAACCACAGUGCAUCAUGCGACCCCGAGUCUGGACGGUGUCAGGGUUGUCGGCACAACACGACGGGACAUCACUGCGACCACUGUGCCCCAGGGUAUUAUGGGAGGGUCAAAGGUCGCCACGACGACUGCACCGCAUGCGCCUGCCCGAAAAGUAACCCAAACAACUUCAGCCCGACGUGCACCCAGGUUGGAGUGGACGACUUCCGCUGUGACGCCUGCCGCACCGGCUACACUGGGCAGUACUGCGAGCGGUGCUCUCCCGGUUACUACGGCAACCCGUCGUUGCCUGGCGAGCCCUGCCGGUCCUGCGGUUGCCACGGCGACGGGUCCCUGGGUGGCGAGUGCCAUCACGCGACGGGGCAGUGCGCGUGCCUGCCGGGGGUGAUGGGCCGUGCGUGCGACCAGUGCCAGCCCAGACACGUGCUCGUCAACAGGAACUGCCUGUCCUGUAAUGACGACUGCACGGGCUUGCUUCUCAACGACCUGGAUGUGCUUGCUGUGAGCGUGAUGCAUGUCAACCUCACCGGCCUCAUCCCUGCUCCGUACUCACGACUCGAAGAGUUCGCGAACAUGACCCGAACGCUUGGGGAUCAGCUUAAAUCACAGAAGCCACCGUCCCAGAUGACAGAUGCUGCUACUCGGGGAGUGGCUGAUGUUAUCGGAGAAAUCGAUGCCUUUGAUAGCCGGGCCACACGGGUGCUGGAGGAGGCGCGUGCGACCGAGCAGCAGCUGCGUGAGACGCAGGAGCGCGCUGGGGCGCUGCUGGCGAGCGUACGCAGCGCCUUGAACGCCGCUCUGGAGCUGGUGGGGAACGCGAGCCGUCUGCGCGAGCUGGCGGUGGGCGGCGAGGAUGGCGGCGGCGGCACGGUGCCGCGGGCGCUCGCCGACAUGGAGCGGCUCGUCGCUGAGAUCCGCGCCGUCAGCCUGUCCCGGCAGCGCGACGUAGCCAACAAGGAGCUCGGGAAAUCCAGAGAGCUGCUAGACAAGGUGAAGCAGGCCUUUGAGCAGCCUCGCCAGGCAAACGAGGGCUUGGCCCAGGACGUGUCGGACCUGCUGUGGGAAGUCUUCAACCGCCUGUCGGACCUGCAGAGGAUCCUGAACGAGGCCAAGGAAGCCACCGCCAUGGCCAAUGAGCUCAACCAGAGCAACAACAAAAGCCUGGUCGAGCUAAAGGACAAAAGUGCAACGCUUGAAACAAAUUUGAAUUCGACCAAGGAGAUGAUUUCCCAGGGGGAGAAGAUCCUCGGCAAUGUCAAGCAAGCAAUUCAUGAAAUUGAUAAGCUGCUUAAGCAAGCGGAGCUCGACCAGGAGCGUCUGGACACAGCGGCGCCCAAACUGCGGGACCGCGUGGACGCGACGGUGAUGGCGCUGCGCGAGAAGGGGCUCAUCGAGCUCGUGUUCCGCGCCGAGAAUCACUCGGCCGCCAUGCAGGCACUGGCCGCACAGCUUUCCCGCAUUCUUGAUGAGACAAAGAACCAGACGUUUGAUGCGACGGCUGCUCUGAAUGCGUACGGGGCGAUCGUUCAGGCGGUGGCGGACGCGGAGGAAACUGCUCAACAGGCCGACACUGUGGCCAGCGAGGCGCUUGCUCAGGCCGUGGGUCCCUCUGGCUCCCUGGAGCAGGCUGGGAGGGCGUCCCUGCAGCUGAGCAGUGAGCUGCUCCGAGAGACGAAGGAGCUCAAUGACAAGGCCACCGGCUUUUCUGACCGCCUGGCGGCCAUUAAAAUGCAGGUGACAAACGGCGAGGACAAGACCAAGGCUCUGGCGCGGCAGCUGGCCUCAGCCCUGGCAUCUCUGGCCUCGCUGCCUAAUGACACAAGCCGCGCCAUGGAGGAGGUGAUGGAGGCUGCCAAGGGCGUGAGCGAGGUGGCUUCGGGGGUUCUGGAGGAGACAAUGGACCUCAACAAGAAGAUCAUGAACGUGUCGGAACACCUUGACAAGGCGGCGGAGAACGAGCGCUCGGCCAACGCUUUCAUCGACGACUCGGCGAAGAACAUUGCCGAGGCGAGCGACAAGCUGCGGGACGUGGAGCAGCGGGCGGCGCGCCUCUCCAAGCGCAUGGAGCCCUUCGGAGCGCUGCAGGACAACCUCGGGCGGAACAUCUCCGUCAUCAAGGAGCUCAUCAACCAGGCCCGCAAGCAGGCGGCCUCUAUCAAGGUCUCCGUGCAGUCCAGCACGGGCGACUGCGUGCGGACGUACCGCCCUGAGAUCCCACACGGGAAGCUCACGUACAACUCCAUGGUGCUACACGUGAAGACCUCGGAGCCAGACAACCUGCUCUUCUACCUGGGAGGCUCCCAGAACCCGGACUACAUGGCGGUGGAGAUGCGGCGAGGCCGGGUGAGCCUCGUGUGGGACGUUGGCUCGGGGCCCGGACGAGUCGAGUACACGGACCUGGCCAUCAACGACGGCAACUGGUAUCGCAUCGAGGCGACCAGGUCCCUGAGGGUCGGCGCUCUCUCCAUUCGGGCCUUCAAGGGCGACCGAGGCGGAGUGAGCCAGCUGCCCAGCAGCGGGACGUCACCCGAGGGAAAUUCGGCCUUCGACGUGGACGAGACCACUCUGCUCUUCAUCGGAGGCCUCACUGGAGGGGUCAAGAAGGCCGAUUCGGUGAAGGCCACCUCAUUCAAGGGCUGCAUGGGAGAGGCAUUCCUGGAUGGCCGCUCGGUCGGCUUGUGGAACUUCCGUGAGAUGGAAGGAACUUGUGGUGGCUGUGAGAUCAGUCCCCAGGCAGCCGAAACAGAGGUCUCCACACAGUUUGACGGCGAGGGCUUCGUGCCGGUGGACCGGCCAAUCCGCUGGAACUCCGAAGUCUCCAUCAUCACCUUCAAGUUCCGCACCUUCUCCCCCAACGCUCUGCUCAUGUACUUGGCCACCGCUGACAAGAAGGACUUCUUGUCCAUCGAGCUGGUGAACGGGCAGGUGCGCGUGUGGUACGACCUGGGCAGUGGACCAGGGAACGUGACCAGCGACAACAAGCACAACGACGGCAACUGGAGGAGCCUCAAGUUCUCGCGCAGCAAACAGAUGGGCACGCUGAUCGUUGAGGACGAAGCUCGCAACGUGGUGAACAAGAAGAGCAGGUCGCAGGGCGCUUCGGGAGGUCUCAAUCUCUCCUCCAUGGAUCUCAUUUACUUUGGCGGGCUCCCCGAAGGGGUUCUACCCAGGGGCGAGGUGAAGAGCCGAACGUUCACCGGAUGCAUAAAGGGUGUGGAGAUCUCACGCAGCUACUUCAACCUGCUCACCUUUAAGAACUCCAUUGGGGUUAAAAAGGGCUGCUCACUCGAGCACGUUCACAUGGUGAGCAUAGAGUCGCCCGGGUUCGUGGAGCUGCCGGCAACCACCGCGUCUCUUCCGCCCUCAUCCGAGAUCUCCUUCUCCUUCUCCUCGACUAACGCUUCGGGUCUUCUGCUUCACGCAGCCGGGGAGCAGUCGCCGAGAGUCGUCCGCAAGCGGAGGCAGAGCGGCGUGCCUUACUACGCCGUGUACCUCCUCGACGGGAACCUGGAGGUGCUGUUCAGCACCGGCGAUGCCACGCGCAAGAUCGUCAAGAAGUCAACGGGCGGUUCCUACAGCGAUGGCAGGGAGCACGCGGUGGUUGUCAGCAGGCGGCAGCGGGUGGUGCGCAUGUCGGUGGACGACAGCCCGUCCCGGGACGCAAAUCUGGGCAGCGACGGAGAGAUCACGGUGGCCAGGUUGUUCGUGGGAGGGACGUCGGCCGGAUACAGCCCUCCCAGCAGUGUCCCAGUGCACACAUACACGGGCUGUGUGCAGAACAUCAUCGUCAAUGGAGUGCUGCAAGACUUUGCCCACUCUCUAAACUUCGACAACGUGGACAUCGGGCGGUGUCGGACAUCGGAGCCGCAGUGGAGGGCGACGAUGCAGCCCACGGGGAGGAAGGCCGGGGGGGGCUCCGGGCGGGCGGUAGUGGUCCCUGCGCUGAACAGGCCCCAGCCCGGCAGAGGCUUACCCACUCCUCCUCCUCAUGCUGCUCCAAACAAGCCCGCCAGCACCACAGCUCAAAUGCCGGUGCGGUGCGCUGUCGAAGCUGCGGCUUCUCUCGAAGCCAACAGUCUGCAAUUCGGCCUGAAGAAGGACAGCCAUGCCGUUCUGACCUUCGACAGGGACACGGUGAAACGCAGGCUCGCGCUGCAGCUGAGCGUGCGGACACUGGCGAGCGAUGGGCUGGUGCUCUACAUGGGGAGUGCGAACAACCUCGCAGCGUUGCAGCUGAUUGGUGGACGCCCGCAGUUCACCUUUGACUUGGGCAAAGGGGUCAUUAAGGUCACGGCGGCACAACUAAUCAACGACGGAACUUGGCAUACGUUGAGGGUCGAGCGCGGAAAGCGCAAGGUGGAUCUGAGUGUGGACACCCGGCAGCGCGCCACCACCAAGCUGCCCAGCGUUAGCUCCAGCCUGGAUGUGGAGAAGAGGCUUUACCUGGGCGGGGCCCCUGCUGGCGCACCCGGCAUCAAGCGACUGGGCAACGUCACACACAGCUUGGCUGGAUGCAUCAGAGACUUCUCACUCAACGGUGCCAAGCACAGCCUCAGUCCAGCUACGUUUUCGCUGAACCAUGUGGAGGGCUGCUAUCAAAACGUGGAGCCUGGGUUUUACUUUCAGGGAACGGGAUAUGCCAUGCUAGCGGCGGGAGGGUACCGCGUGGGCACGGACCUGGAGAUUUCGCUGGAGUUCCGGACGACCCAGCUGGAUGGGGUGCUCCUGGCCAUCAGUAGCCCACGCAUGGAUGCCGUCGGCAUCGAGCUGGUCGCUGGAAAGGUGCUAUUCCACGCAGACAACGGAGCUGGCCGCUUCUCAGCCGAGCUCUCCCCGCUGGCAUCAGCGGAGGCAGGGUCCGGUGGCACCGGUGCCGGCCACUUGUGCGAUGGCCACUGGCACCGUUUGGAGGCCAGCAAGCUCAAGAACCGCCUGGUGCUGAAGGUUGAUGGAGCCGCAACAGAGGCCGCCAGUCCACACCAAUCCAACUCGGCCGACACGAAUGACCCCGUCUACGUUGGCGGCUUCCGAGAGGGAGUGAAGCAGCAUGCACUUACCACCCAAGUGCCUUUCCGGGGCUGCAUUCGCAAUCUUCGCUUCAUGAAGAGCCACCAAAUCCAGCCGCAAAUUCACCUGGGAGAAGCCUCGGACAUGAUGGGCGUUCUGCCUCAUUCCUGUCCGGCUCAAAGCUAGGCAAGUGGACUGGCUGUGGGGCAUGUAUGCUAGCCCAGCUAUGUGUUUUUUUUUUUUUAACAAUCCAUUUUAUUUAAAAAGAAGUUCAAAAUUAAGCUUGAUGGUGGUUGUUUCUGGGAAAACUCGUCGAGAAAAUGGAUUGGAUCUAUUUUAUAACGCCUGAAAAACCAACCGUUUCCUAAAUUAUCUCACUCAAUUUUGAUUUUGCUCUUAAUUGACACCCACCUCUAAUGCAUCAUGUAGCAUAGAAUAAAAUAAGUUUUGGUGCUCUAAAACAAUCCCAUAAUAAACAAAAUAACGUUUUAAUUGUUUUAUACAAAGAGGGUGCAUUUACCCUGCUUACGGGUGAUGUAUUUACAAUUGUACUGGAAUAUUAUGGAAUUCUUUUUUCAUAGGACAAGAGGUUAUUUUUGUUUUGCAAUGCAGUAGCAUUAAUUAAUACACAUGCACAGUAAUGUAGACCCUCACAGCUCGCAUAGUUAUAGAAAAUAAUCAUCUCCUCGGCCUCAUUUGCUCAGCAGCAGUGAAAUCUGACAGCCAUUCCAUACUGCCUCUUGUGUUCUUUUAACCUUUUAAUAAUACAUUGUAAAAAAAAAACAUGACAGUAUUCACACGUGUGCACAGAACACUGUAGCAUCCCCAGAAUGCACUGACACUUGUUUUACAGCACCUGCAGCCUCCUAUAGCAAUUUGCUGUUACACUGCUCGUGGUAUUUAUUGGUCAACCUUCUUAUCAGUAUUGGCUGAAUUUCACAUUCAGACCUGGCGCCUCCAAUUGAAAUGGUACCAUAGUAUCCUGCAGCAAAGGCGCGACCUCAAUUCAGUGCUCAAAGAUUAUGUAUCUGGAUGGAAUAUGUCAUCUGGAGGUGUUACAAGUCUCAUCUUUUACAUUUCGGGUAGAACAACUUAAUCCCACCAUACUCAAGCUGCCAAUUGGCAGACUAUAUUACACUGUUAUUUUAAGUCAGAUAGAGGUUCCUGCACAAUGAUGUAUUGUUUUGGAAAUGGACGGUCCAGUGUUCUACGAUCACAGAAGCUGCCCCAUAGUAGCGCCAUAGCUAUUAUUAUUAUGAAGUGAUGCAGCUAACAGUAUCACAUGCAAUGCCAUGGCAUUUGCGCUAAAGUUUCUAAACGGUUGUAAUGGUACAUUAUGCAACAUUGGAAUCAAAUUAACUUGUUAUAAAAUAGGCAAUCCUGUAAAAAAUAUUUAAUACAUUUAAAUAAUUAAACCAAUUGGAAUACAAAUAUUUUCACCAAAACUCGUGUUCAAAUUGCACGUUGCAUCUAUCGUGUGACCAAUUCCAAUGUUGUGUUUGGCAGUACGGCUGCCAGCAGUCACAAUUUUUUUUUAUCAAACUGGAGGCGAAGAUGCAGCCCUGCAAUCGCUGAAGCUUUCAAUUUCAGUUUCAUUCAUUUAUUUGGUAUAGCCCUGUGAGCCAUUCGGCUCUUGAAGCUACUGCUGAUGAAAAGGCCCGUGCUAGGGGGAGCUCUAGAGCCCCUCCUCCAGGGUAUUUGGCCUACUCUUCCACACCGACCAGACAUCUGGGAAGAGAUGGGAGUGCCCACAUACUUUAACCCACCUCACAAGAUCUGCCGGUCGACUAUCUGUAGCGACAACAUUGUUGCAUUGUUUGUGAACAUUGUGAGAUGAACGAUCAAAAUAAGAAUACAUCACGGAUGAACAGCGAUUGACAAUUUAAUGUUUCGUACUUUAUCUUCGCGCACACAUUAACAAGUGUAUGGUGUCUUCUUUUAAUACAAUGUAUAGAUGCGUCCAUACGUCUUACUAUUUUAUUGGCUCUGAAACAGGUGACAAAUUAGGAAAUGUUUGCAAAAAGACAACACCUUGUGUGGAUAUACGAUCACAGCACAAUAUCUAAGACUUGUGGGUGGACAAUACAAUAAUGGGACAUUCAACAGGCCGGUCUGCACGUGGUGUGUAUGGUGCUCAUAUAUUGAUUUGGUCCAUGUGGAGAAGUCUAAACCUACAAUGCAUAUCCUUCACGUGCAAGUUUUGUGUGGGAAGUUUAAACUCUGCACACGUGUGCCAUUUUUUAUGUUGAGCCAAUUUUUUUGAACAUAUAUUCGAGCUACGAGCCAUACUGAUGGUUUUUUUCAGUGGUUUUAAAUUGCCACAUUUAAAUUGUGCAUUACAACUCGAAUGUUUUAAUGUUAUGAGAAAGGUGCUAUUUCUUAACUAGUUUUAACAGUGCUUUUAACGUGCAAAAUAAUCACGACUUGAACGCAAUAUUCUGUGAAGCCUUCAUUUUUAGGUUCAUUGUUAAACAGUGUUUUACAAACAAAAUGGAACUGUUACACGUCAUAUCUCCUGUGUGUGUGUGCGUUAUGGGGUUUGUUUUUUUACUUUUAGUUACCAAGUUUCAUAUUUAGUCAAUAAACACCAUCUUGUCACGAA